GUCACCGCCGUCUUGUCCAUCACAAGAAAAGGGACCACGGCAAUUAAACUGGGUGUUUCUUAAAUUAAAAAAAUAUAUAUAUACAGACCACGUUAGAAGAUUCGACUUGAAUAUUUUCGGCUUAAACGAUGGGCUUUUUCCGCGCUGACACCGAGGAGUGUGGUGGGCUGAUCGGACGGCGCAGCGACUUUGAGUGACUGCGGGCUGCAGCGAGGGGACGUCACGCAGCAGCUGUCUGUAACCGAAGCUGCGCGGCUCGUCUUCUCCUCCUCCUCCUCCCAGUGCGGGAUCCCGGCCUGCAGCGUCCCGGGACAGCGCUGACAUGGACAGAGCCGAGGCCGAGCGGCUGAUCGAGAAGGCGAAGCUGUGUCUGCGAUCGGGGCGGCGGGAGCGCGCACUGCAGCUGCUGCAGGCGGCGCAGGAGCUGCAGCCGAGCACUCGGGCCGCAGUGUUGAUAGAUGCCAUACUGAGAAAUGGAGGACAUCCUUCCCCUGAAGCAAACCACGUGCCUCCUCCAACUGGGUGGAGAGACGAGGACAUCGGAAACCGGGAAACGGGUCACGCAAAUGGUGAUGAAAAGAAGACCUAUACCGAAGAAAGGAAGACGUAUACUGACGAAAAGAAGACCUAUAGCGAAGAUCAACGCCAGGGUGUCCUCAGGAUAAAGAACUGCAAGGAUUUUUAUGAAAUCCUUGGCGUAACCAAGAAUGCCGGUGAGGAAGAUUUGAAGAAAGCCUACAGGAAGCUGGCCCUGAAGUUUCACCCGGACAAGAACUUUGCUCCCGGAGCCACUGAUGCAUUCAAAGCAAUAGGCAACGCGUACGCAGUGCUGAGCAACCCAGAGAGGAGGCAGCAGUACGAUCAAUACGGAGAUCAGUCCACCGCUUCAAAUGCACCCCAGCACGCCAGCUACAGUCGCCACGGACACCACCGAACCUUCCACAGAGACUUCGAGGCGGACAUCUCUCCCGAGGAGCUCUUCAACAUUUUCUUCGGAGGAAGGUUUCCCACAGGAAACAUUCACGUGUACACCAACCAGGGAGCCUCCUACUCACAGUUCUACCAGCCUCGUCGUCGACGCGCGCAUGAAAGGCGCGAGGAGGUGGUGGAGGAAAACCAGAGUCAGAACACAUUCACAGCAAUGCUGCAGCUUCUUCCUGUGCUGGUGUUAAUCCUCAUCUCAGUGUUCACUCAAAUGAUGGCCACGAACCCGCCCUACAGCCUCUUCUACAAGCCGUCCAUUGGCCUGGUGGUGUCCAGAGAAACGCAGCACAUGGGCGUACCGUACUACGUGGAUAAAGGUUUUGAGAAGGAGUACCCCGGAGCUGCGCUGGAGGAGCUGGAGAAAACCAUCGAGAGUGACUAUGUUGAACACCUUCAAAGCAGCUGCUGGAAAGAGAAACAGCAAAAGUCGGACUUGGCCAACCUGGGACAACUGUACCGGGACGACAGGUUGAAGCAGAAGGCCGAGUCGAUGAGGCUGGAAAACUGUGACAAAUUGCAGCGACUGCUGGGCCGUCUGAGAGUCAAAUGAGCGCCGUUGCGAGGAGAGGAAGCGUUUCUUUAGCGAAGUGUGUAAUGUGUCCAAUCUGUCCACUCCGGGUGCAGAGCGGUCAGUGGGAAGUGAUGCCGCUGGAAACGACGUGCCUUCUCUUUCAACGGUAGAAACUAGAGUUGCCUGUUAGCUGCGGGCGCUGGCUUUGCGGUAGCAGCAUCACGUGCACGCUCACUGUGGAAGUACGUACGACGUCUCAGAGCCUUUAAACUUUCUUAUAGAAAUGGCAUGACUUAUGCAGUCUCCCUCUGGGGUUACGAAGGCAGUUGUAUGUUCUCACAUACACGUUUAACCUGUUUAGAUCUUGUAGUCUAUUUAUCUUUAUUUAUUUUCGGAUGUUUUAUGUGUCUUUGCUGAACUUUUAGAUGUAUUUAUUUGGUAGUUUUAGGAGUGGAUGGUAGUUGAGCAUCUUGGCUCAUGUUUUUGUUUUCUUUAGUUUUUUUCUUUGUAGGAAAUAACUGCAGUGAUUUAAAUAAUACUGUAGUGUUUUGACGACUCAGUGCGUCUGUUUGGUGAAAUGGCAGAGGACAUUUUACACACUAAACAGAAGAAUCUGGCUGUUUGACCUCCUGCACUGUUUUAUCAGGGGGCGGUGUAGUACAGAGAUAUUUUGCUUACCACGACCCUCGUUUCCCUUUGUAUGAUAUGAGCUCGUACCCGAACCAGCUUCCCGCACCGGUGAUACGUGCAGUGGUCGUUUACCCUCGGAGGCCACGUUUUUAUUGAGCCUCAUAGAAGUCCGUUGACACCAACUUCCCCUUCACACCAUUCAGUACGCUUCCUGCUAGAUACGGGGGGCUCCACAUUAGUUAUAAACUGGAUACUGACCUUUUUUUUCAUUUUUAUUUUUUAUUUUUAUCCAUACGAACCCAAGACCACGUAUCCUUCCGUAGACAACUAUAUUCGUUCUGCACCUCGUCCGCCAAACUGCCUUAGCUGUUCUCGUACCCGAGGAACACCAAGGCUCAUCUGAAGACAUUUUAACUUGUGUUUCAUAUCGUUACUGUUGCAUGCACCCGAGUGGGAAGUGUUCUGUUAAUUGCAUAUUUCUUUUUGAGUCAAAAACAUCUUCAUGACUAUUGGCACUCUAACUGUAAGUGGGUGAUAUUCAGGUCUACACUGCUAAGCUACAAACUUGUAAAUCCUUAACUGUGAUUUUUAAAAACACAAGUCGGGUUCUGCAGGCGAUCAUGGAAGCACAUUUGAGUUACAGUGAAGAAUUAAGCUUUCAGCCAAAAAUACCUGAGAAUUAAAAAUGUAACCAGAAUCUCCAUUUGUCUGAUUUAUUCAAUUCUGAUUUUAUGGUGGUUUGAGUUUUUAAUGUUGUACAUCUUUUGUCGCAUUGUUAAACC